GGAGAGGAGACCCACUGUAUGGAUGGAUAGUGCUGUUCCAAUACAUACAGAAAUGUCGCUUCGCGUCACUCAAACUGCGCCUUAUACACACUGCCUCCAUGGCUGCCUCAAUACGCAUUGCCUGACCAUGACCGCAUGAUUUCUUAUUGUGUUCUCUGCACGGCGCUCUCAUCGACCUCCCUGUUGAGCUGAACGCACCCCGCAGCCCAUCCCAACCUGGCUUCUUUAGCCGACGACCCGUCGUAUAAACAGGCCCUUCUUCCCAGUUUGACCGUUACCUCUAUUUACCACAGGUCAGCUCGCUAUGUCGCUAUAUAAAUGCGUAUCUUGUGAAGGGCUUAUCCAGGCCACCAAAGCACGUCUAUCAUGCAGUUGCUGCAUACCGCGCAUGACCCUCUGUGCCAACUGCUAUGUCGUGCAGGACUAUCCUCCACAACAUCAAGACGACGCCUCCCAUCCAGUUUUGCUGCACAGAUACAGUGGGUUCCUCCCAGUGCCUCCACCGCCCCCGCCGCGUUCGCAACCUGUUAGGUCACCGAGCAAUUCGUACGGGCCUCCGCGACGACGACCCAUAUCGGGAGCAUACAGCGAUGUGCCCCCGAGAAAACCUCCUCGUCCACCUAAACCGGAAACAACAAGCGAUGUCGCUGAUGUGGAAAAUGUGGCCACUACACCUCCACCAUCUGGUCCGUCGCCACCGCUAUCUAGAUCAAUGGAUCCUCCACAGCAAGGCUCUGGGCAUCUCCCUGAACAACAAUCCCAAGCGAGCAGCUGGACUCUUCUCCUAAACGACAACAUGAAACCAUCUCCCUCUUUUGUCAGGUUGAUCGAUGAACUUUUCCACCAUUUGGACCCGCAGCGUACCGGGUUUCUCAGGCCAUAAGUUUACUCCGACUAUCUACAGGCCUGUGGAGCACCAGAAAGUCACAACAUAUG